GUGGGACAGAUAGAUCAAACUCACCAAGCUCCCUGUGGAAACAGGCAGAGUGCUUGUAGGUCUCCUGUGAGCCUAAAUUUGACAUUUUACGUUAAAAAAAUAGUUCUGUGAGACGACAUGAAGCCAGCAGUGGUUCUGCUGGGCCUUAUCCUGCUGCUGGACACCACCUUCUCUGCAGAAGAGUCGUGUUUGAAUCGCUGUGGCUCCUUCGACAUGCAGAGGAAAUGUCAGUGUGAUUCCAUGUGUGUGUACUAUGGAAGCUGCUGUACUGACUUUGACACCUUGUGCCCUAAAAAAAUUUCUCGUGGUGAUACCUUCGAGGAAGGAGAGGACGUACAUGAAGCUCUAACGAAACCAAACACUACAACUCUCACACCAGCCUUGAACACUGUUGCCCCAACCACCUCAGCUGCUCCUGCACCCACCACCACACAAAAGCCCACACCACCUGCAGACCCUAACGCAGCACCCUGCAGCAGUCGACCGUUUGAUGCUUUUCUGCAGCUGAAGAAUGGGUCCAUUUAUGCAUUUAGAGGUGAAUAUUUCUUUGAAUUGGACGACAAGUCCAUACUUCCCGGUUACCCCAAACUCAUUCAGGAUGUGUGGGGAAUCACUGGGCCAAUUGAUGCUGCAUUCACACGCAUCAACUGCCAGGGAAAAUCCUACAUCUUUAAGGGGCAUCAGUACUGGAGGUUUGAUGGAGACGUCUUGGAUGACGACUACCCACGAGACAUUUCAGUUGGCUUUGACGGCAUACCAGACAACAUUGAUGCUUCCUUUGCUGUACCUGCACCAAGUCACCGUGGCAAAGAGAAAGCUUACUUUUUUAAAGGUGACAAGUAUCACCAGUACGAGUUUAAACACCAGCCCUCCCAUGAGGAGUGUGUCCGCAUGAGCAUGUCCUCCCCAUCUGUGCUGUUCACACGAUACACUGACCUCUUCUGCGAUCAGACGUGGGAGGAUGUAUUUACUGAGCUCUUUGGAGGCUCCAUCAGCAGUCACCACACAGGGGCCCGUUUAACCAGCAGGGACUGGCCGGGCAUCAGGACCCCCGUUGAUGCUGCCAUGGUGGGACGGGUCUAUCUCAGUCCCAAGCCUACCUCAUAUCCUCCACCGUCUAUGAGGCGGGGCAACCGGAGGAGGAAACCCAGCCGGAGACGCGGACAUCGGGGAAGGCACAGUCGCCAAACGUUGUUCGAGGACCUUUGGGGUUAUGAUGAUUGGUAUGACUUUAGCCACUUAAGCGACAUGAUUGAUGAGAUCACCCCACAGGAGCACAAAAGUACACCUGUCCAAAAUGUGUAUUUUUUCAAUAGAGAUAAAUACUACAGAGUGGAUCUGCAGACAAAACGUGUGGACUCUGUCAACCCUCCCUACCCACGAUCUAUCGCAAAAUUCUGGCUUGGCUGCAAGCAGGAGGAUACACCCGAUACAUCCAGAGCAGAGAAGAAGUAGGCAAGCUGGCUGAAUCUUCAGUCACAUGAGAUGCUGAGCAGCUCCCUCUGUUUAUGUCUUUAUGCCAAAUCUUAAGGUAAUAACAAUGUGAACCCAUGAUAGUUUCUGUUUUUAAGCCCUUUGUAAUAAAUACCCAGAAAUGUUCCCUGUCUGUAGGUGGAAAGGUUAAAUUCUGCAUGAUUUAA